AUGGGAGAGGAUAGUGUAAGCGUCGAAGACGAGGUCCUCCUGGCCCAUGGCUAUUCCGAAUGGUCCAGCCACAAUAUCGAGACAUUGCCAGUCGCCGUCGUCUACCCUCGUAGCACCGAAGAGUGUUCCGAGAUGGUAAAAAUUUGUCUCAAAUACAAGAUUCCAAUCAUUCCUUAUUCUGGUGGUUCCAGCGUUGAAGGUAAUUUUUCUGCUCCUUACGGAGGGGUGAGUUUUGAUUUCGUCCAAAUGGGGGCGAUAUUGGAACUGCAUUCAGCGGAUAUGGAUGUGGUUGUUCAACCGUCGGUCUCGUGGAUGGACCUCAAUGAGAAGCUCAAAGCCCACGGCUUGUUCUUUCCGAUUGACCCAGGCCCAACAGCCAUGAUUGGGGGAAUGGUAGGGACAAAUUGCAGUGGGACAAAUGCCGUGAGAUAUGGCACCAUGAAGGACUGGGUGGUUAACUUGACGGUUGUGCUUGCGGAUGGCCAGGUUAUUAAGACGAGACGACGACCUAGGAAGACAUCUGCUGGAUACAAUCUCACUGGUCUGUUUGUAGGAUCAGAGGGCACAUUGGGUAUCGUGACUGAGAUUACCCUGAAGCUCGCGCCCAUUCCGGAGGAGACAGGGGUCGGAGUGGUCACAUUUCCAUCGAUGCGUAAAGCCGCCGAAACCGCAAUCGAGGUCAUCCGCAAAGGAAUACCGGUGGGGGCCAUAGAAAUCUUGGACGACGUACAGAUGGGCGUGAUCAAUCGGGUGGGCAGUACGCUUCGAGUCUGGGAGGAGUCUCCGACGCUUUUCUUCAAAUUUGCCGGGACGAAGAACUCGGUCCAAGACAAUAUUGCUGAGGUGGCAAAAGUGGUUAAAUCGCACGGAGGGAGCGACUUCGAGUUCGCCCAAGGCGAAGAGCAACAGAAGCAGCUGUGGUCGGCAAGAAAACAAGCUCUCUGGAGCAUGUUAAGCCUCAGGGAGUCCGGUGGAGAGAGUUGGGCCACUGAUGUUGCCGUGCCCCUUUCUCGCGUGGCUGAGUUGGUUGAGGUUUGCAAGAAAGAGAUGGAUGCUCUCGGACUAUUUGGAAGCAUGCUCGGUCACAUAGGGGAUGGCAACUUCCACGAAACGAUUCUAUAUGAUGGCACAAAGCCGGAAGAGCGGGCCAAGGUUGAGAAAUGUGUUCGCGAUAUGGUUCAUCUCGCAAUUGGCAUGGAAGGGACCUGCACGGGGGAACAUGGAAUUGGUCUAGGGAAGAAAAGUUUCCUGAAGGAAGAGCUUGGACCGGGACCAUUAAAUGUGAUGAGAGCAAUCAAGAAAAGCCUGGAUCCGUUUUGGUUGAUGAACCCCGGCAAGAUCUUCGACCGGUGA